GUCGAGGAAAAUAUUGCCCACAGCAGACUACUUGGCAUUAAAGACGGCUGGUGGUAGGAGCUCCGGACACUCGUUUCCAGAAGCUACUGUUCACUUGCUGCCGCCAACAAAUUUAGUGAGGGUAGAGAAAAGGGGAAAACCCAAAUCUCUGACUGAAUGGUGACGGUCUGGAUCUGAACCUUGUUCUUCCAACCCUUCUGCCAGCUCUGAGCCUCAUUGACCUCUUCUCUACCGAAAGCAACUCAAACUGAAAGUUUUGUCACAUUUGGACCCGUUAGCUCUGCAUCAGCUUGAAUAUAUUUGAAGGAGUAUACACUGCAGAAAAUAAGCAGCAGAGAUUUUCUUGGAUACUUCUGUGUGACAACAUGGCAAAGAAAAACAGCCAAAAAGAUACAUCCGGAGUAGUGUUUGAUACCCGUUCAAAAAUGGUCAUGUCCCAGGGUGGAACGGCUGAGAGGAUGAAGGAGAAGAUCAGUGCUGUCAGGGCGGUUGUCCCCAACAAAAGCAACAAUGAGAUUGUGCUGGUGUUACAGCAUUUUGAGAACUGCGUCGAUAAGGCCGUGCAGGCUUUUUUAGAAGGCAGUGCAGUUGAGAUCCUGAAGGAGUGGAAUGUCACUGGAAAAAAGAAGCCCAAGAAGAAAAAGAAGCCCAAACCUCAGUCAGAAGCCCCAGCAGAACCUGCUCCACCUGAGGCCACAUCGCCCGAAGAGGGCAAGGACGAGCUGAAUGGCUUUCAUGCCAACGGCUCAGUAAUGGACGGAGAGUCUCUUGAUUCGCUGAGUGAACACUUGGACUCUGCUUCCCUGGAUGCAGCCGAGCUGGACUCUGAACCUGCUACAUCCGAAACCACCGGUGCAGAAGCAGAAAGUCAAGGUAGUGCUCCAAGUCCCACCUCUCAGCCAGGAGGAAGAAAUCACCAGGCUCCCAGAGGCAAUAAGUCACGACAAAGGCCAAACUCAAAUUCACAUCAUCCCCCUGCCUCAUUAGCAUCCAACACAGAUGAGCAAGGAUCAUCAGGAGUAAAGAAGAUGGCUUCCAACAUUGACCGCUCUGUGAAGGACCUGCAGAGAUGUACUGCAUCACUGACUCGCUACAGGAUGGUGGUCAAGGAGGAGAUGGACUCCUCAGUAAAGAGGAUGAAGCAGACAUUUGCUGAACUACAGAGCUGUUUAAUGGACAGAGAGGUGACUCUGCUGGCAGAAAUGGACAAAGUGAAAGCUGAGGCCAUGAUGAUCUUGGAUGCCCGGCAGAAGAGAGCAGAGGAGCUCCGGCGGCUGACAGAUAAGUCAGCAUCCAUGUCAGAGGAGCAGCUGACUGAACUGCGUGCAGACAUCAAGCACUUUGUGAGCGAGCGUAAAUACGAUGAGGACCUUGGAAAAGCUCUAAGAUUUACAUUUGAUCUUGAACCGCUGAAGACAAGCAUUGCAGGGUUUGGAUCAGUUUACCACCCACGUACAGGCUACUCAAACCGAUCCCGCUGUAGCUCCACAUCAUCUUCUGUCGCCAGCCCCACCCUGCCGGAGACGCCUGCUCCUACCCAGAUCCAGAGCAACCACCCAAGUGAAACCCGUCCUCCACCAGCCAAACAGAUUUUCCAAGGAAACAGGCGUACCUUCCACGGACAAGGUUAUCACUCAGGUGGUCAGCGGUAUAACGGUGGUUCCUACAAUGACAGGAACGCUGGUCGUGCAAACCACCGCCAUCAGAAUGAUGGUGCCUCCUCUGGGCCUACAUCACAGCACUCUAACAACUCAAGAGGUCCCUCGCAUUCCUCCACAUCCUCUCACAACCAAGACCGACCCUCUCACAAUGGGCUUCCCCAAAGGGUUCCACGAACACAUGGUCCUUGACAUUUAAAAAACAAAAAAUCACAAGCUCAAUCAAACCCAUCAACUAACCCUUGAACUCCUUCUCUCCACAUACCCCUCCCCAACCCUUCACCUCCUCCCCACCUGCUAACUCCUUUUAAUGAAGAAUAGAAUACAAGUUUACAUAUUUCCGUCAGUUGAGCUGUAGUGCCGCCUCGCCACAUCAAUCAAUUCAUCCUUCAAACUUGAAAAGCGCUCACUGUUCUGUAAUCGCUCUUCCUCUUUCUUUUCUCGCUCCUGAUGACGGUUAACAGUUUCUAUCUUUAGGCCCCUUUUGAGAGAUCUUACUGUCAUGCUAUCGUCAGUCUCUGAUAUUAGUUUUUGCAGUUAAAGCAGACUGCCAGAGACUGACGUGAUUACCUGCAACAAUUUGUGCACUAUUGAAGUUGAACUCUUAGUACUUUUUCUAUUUUUACUGUGGCUUUGUCAGCUCUCUGAUUCGAACCUCAGAUCUUAUUAUUCUGCUUGUCUCCCAGAACCAUUUCAAUGCCUUCACCACGGAAAGCGUUGUGAAAGUGUAAAAGCAGUUCUAGCAUUAGCUGGGAUUUUUGAAGAGUAGACAUGCAAUCAACACUACAAACUGUCAUUAAUCAUUGCAAGGUAAAGAAAAAAGAGACAUAUCAAACUGUAAUCCAGAGCUUUUUGUACGGCUGCUACAAACCGUAGGGAACUUGUUAACGCUAGGACUUGGCUGUAUUGAGAGUAACACUGUGGACACAGAUGUUGCCCUUUUGAAAGGAGUAGUUUAACAUUUGUCAGUGCGCUUUCCCUCACUCUUUGCUCUGAGUUGCAUAAGUAGAUUAACACACGUGUACACUAAAUAUGAAUCUGGCAGCUGAUUAGAUUAGCUUGGUGUGAAGGCUGCAGAAGGAGAGUAAUGGCUUUGGCUGUCUUAAUGUGACAAACUGCACCGCUAAAUUCACUAAUUCACACAAUCUUUUCUGUGUUUUUGCACAAAACUGGGAUUUUUCUGGGGGGUCAAGUUUGAGGCUAGCUGUUACUCAUUUCUGGCUUUAAUGCUGAACUGAUUGGCUGCUGCUUGUAGCUCCUUAUUUAAUGUAAGCACAAGUGUGUUAUCUACCUUCUCAUCUGACUCUGCAUGGAGGUGAUAAGUGCAUAUCCCAGUGUCAAAUGUCAAACUACUCCUUUUUAAUAUUGCCUAAGGCAGUGAUGUAUCGCCCUCCCACUGGCUGCCGGAGUUAUCAUGUGUGCUGUUUUUUGUUUUGUUUUUUCUUAGCUAGCUGUCCAUUGUUUUAUAACAAAGAGGGCUCAUUACCUUUUGUAGAAUAAUGUUAAAUAUGUAAAAACUCUCAACAAAGGAAAACUCCUUUGUGGUGCACAUGCUUUUUCAUAGUUCUGAACAUUUAUUCACAGGCCGUUUGUUCUUUGUGUUUUUCUUGUUAUAUGCACACGAAUGGCAUAUUAAUGUCGUGCUUGCCUUUAGUCACAGACUUCACAUUGGCCUUUCUAGAAACAUGGAUGUCUGCGUCAUGAUGGCUUUGUAAACAGACGGUACUCAUAGAGCAGAUAUGUGAUUUAUGAAUAUGUGCAAAAACAAAGUGUAGGAUUUAUUCUUCCCCUUUUCCUGCCUGACUGAUAUAGAUAUCAGCCAUUCACUGAUUUAUGGAUAUUGGCAUGAAUGCUGUGUGAUACGGAAACUCUUUCUUUUUUUUUUUUCUUUUUUUUUUUUCUUUUUUAAACAACAUAAUGCAGAAAAAAGAUACUUGGGGUACUAGAAUUAAAAGUUUGUCCAGCAGUGUGACUCCAUUGUUUACAAACUCUCAGCAGUGCCUGCUGCACCGCUGAAAAGAUGGAGGUGUGGAGUCGAGAAGUGUCUUCACAUUAAGUUACGACCUAGUUUGUGAAAUACAUUACUGGAAACUUAAUAAUGACCCCAGUAUUUUCAAUUUCAGUAGAUCCCAUAUUCUUGUGUCUGGUUAUGAGUGUGUGUGCGUGUGUGUAUAGGGGGUAUUGGCUGAUAUAUCGAUAUCUAGCGUCAGUUGGCUCUUCUUUUUAUGUCCAGUCUGUGCAUCUGUGGAAGUAAAAUUGAGUAAACUGAUGAAUGCAUUGGAGGGUUGUAUUGAUUUCGUAGAUCCUUUUUUUUUUUUUUUUUUUCUGCCAAGUAGCUGCUGCUGUUGGGGCUCAAUCUCAUCAUAGUGCCCAGUUUGUGAACAAAAAGCUGGCGAAUACCUCAUCGCUCAUCCUUCGACACUGCCCGUUUCGAAGUCGUUCUCUCGCAGUGGGCUCUUAGUUUGGGACAUGGACCCCCUGGUGAUUCCUCCUCUUAUAAUCCUGUAGUUAAUGUACAUAUGCGGCGCUGAAAGGCUGUAGUGGAAAAUUGGUUGUUACAUUAUUGCUGCAUCUUCUUCAUAACAUGUUGUCUUCCUUUGAGCAGUUUUUUUUUUCUUUUUUCUUUUUUUUGAAGGGGGGUUGUUUUUGUGGGUUUUUGGUUCUUAAAAGGGUUUCUGGGCAUAGGGAGUUUUUUUCCCUGCCCCAUUGAGAUUAACACUCUUUACGUAAGUAGUUAAAUUAGUGAGUAUUUGUGGAGAAAAGAAUGCAAACUGGUUUCUGAACUUUGGUAAAUGUUUUCUGGCUUGUCUUGAAAGAAUGAUUUAACGUUAUGGGAAAUGAGCUUUUAGCUUGUUACAGUAAGACAAAACUAUCUGGAACAACGAGUUAGCUUGGUCUGGCAUGGAAGCCAGGAAUUGGGUAGAUUCCUUUCACAUUAAACGGGCCUGGAUUGUGGGGUUUUUUUUGUUUUGUUUUUUUUCUUUGUUUUUGUUUUGUUUUUCCCUCCUAACAGUUUUUUUUUUUUUUUUUUUUUUUUUUUUAAAGACAGCUGCUUCAGGAAGAGAAAAAACUAAGCAAAAACCACUUUUCAUGUCAGCUGCUUUUUAAAAAAAAAAAAAAAAAAACUUUUAUUACAGCAUUAAGGUUGCUUCUGUGUUUUUUUUCAAUGAUAUUUCCAUUCUUGCUCCUUGGGACCACUGGGUGGAAAAUAAACAACCACUGCAACUGUGGCCCUGUGCAGCAGCAGUAGUUGCAGUGAGUGUUUCCAGUUUUCUGGUCUCAGGAGGGCAGUAAUGAACCACCCAUCUGUUUAAAAGCAGCUCUCAGGUGUUGUGGGUUUUUUGUUUUUUCUUAACACUUGUAUCCAUCCUAAACUACAGUAAGAAACUUUUCAUUUCCAGUGUAACUAAAUUGUCUGCUCAGCACCUCAAUAACAGAAAUCACAGCUGCAUAGAGCUGCAAAAACAGUCGCUGGAUGCAUCUGUCACACUGCUUGUGAGCUAUCCUAUUGCAGCUGUGUAAAGUAACAAACUAGAAUCAUUAAAUGCAGUAAAGUCAUGAAUCUAAAGUUGUUGUUUUUUUACAAAUGUUGUAAAUCUUUAAUUCGGGAACUUCAUUUCAAAUUCACCCCUUUUGAAUAUGGUUCUCUGGCAUGUAGCCUGGCCCUGCAAAAUAGUCAUAUGUAAAUUUAAAAAAAAUAAAUAAAUCUUCAAAACAUUUAUUGUGAUUUAUGGGCGUCACAGCUGCUGAUUAGGAGCAUUGUGUUACAGCUGGAUAAAGCCAGACUGGCCUAUGCUAAGCAAAGCUAACCCUGUUCAGAUAGACAAUUGCUCUUCUCAUCCAUACUUGCUGGACACUCCAUAAGACAGCGAGCGCAUUUCCCAAAAUGUUUCCUUUUAAGUGCAUGCACAGCUGGUAGGGGGGUUAUGUCAUCACAAAGAUCUGUAUAGACUGAAGUUGUACCAAAAUCUGAGCCAGCUCAUCAACGACGGGCUGCGGUAUGAAGUGAUUUAAAGCUGCAGGACAAAUCCUAAACAAUUCAUUAAUUAUCUCAUCUGCAAAGUUGUCUGCCUUCCUUCAACCACCUUUUGUUUUACAUUCCUAACUGUAGGGAUAUUAAGUUAUCGCCAAAGAAACUAUCUCGUCCUGUGCAACUUUUAUGCCUGUGGGGUUUUUUUUUUUUGGUUUUUUUUUCCCUCUGCCUGUUUUAAAAAAAAAAAAAAAAAAAAAAAAAAAAAAAAAAAAAUUCCCAGUGGGAUAAAUCCAACAAUUCACAUUCUCUUCUUUUUUCCAUCCUUUUUUAUGUUUCCUUACUGUGUGUAUAUACAUAUAUGUAGGUAUAUAAUUUGUGCUCACAUAGGGCAUUUUGUAUGUGAUAUUCAUAUUAGGCCUAAUGGAGGUUAAAACAUAAAGUUCAUUAAUUUCUUCCAGUAAACCCUCUGUCCAUCUUCUUAAAAACCUUUCUGAGACAACUGUAAACUCAAGUGCCUUUUCUCUUUUCCCACUGAUUUAUCAAAGUCCCCUCCACCAGAGUAUGGACCAAAGACAUCAACCGUCCCCAACUGCCCAGCCCUCUUUCUCCCUCUCUCACUAAAUGGCACACUUUUCAUUUACUACAAAUAAACAGUUUGCAAUACUGA